AUGAGCCGUUUUGAGGGAGACUUGGUGUGGUUCGAUCCGGGCAUCGGAUAUCUUUUGCCCGGAGAAGUGGCGGAUUUUUCAAAGCCUGCCCAAGUCAUUACUGUACAGGCACUUAUCAGUGGAAAGCCACAAAAUUUUACUUUACACAAUUUAGAGAGUGUAAGGAAAAGACAAGAUUUAGGCCCUAAUGGAUUCGAGGAUAUGAUAGAAUUGAUAGACCUGAAUGAAGCUUCUUUAUUAUGGAACUUAAAGAUCCGUUACGACAAGGAAAUGAUAUACACAUACACUGGUAGUAUAUUGGUUGCUGUAAAUCCCUACAAAAUGUUUGAUAUAUAUGGCCUGGAAAUGGUAAAGAAGUAUGAAGGACAGAUUUUAGGAACGCUACCCCCCCACCUGUUUGCCAUCGGAAGUUCUGCUUAUGGCAAAAUGAGUAAAGAUAAUGAAAACCAAGUUGUAGUCAUAAGCGGUGAAAGUGGCGCAGGAAAAACCGAAAGCACGAAGCUCAUCAUGCAGUACUUAGCUGCAGUCAACAAAUCACCAAGUAACCUCAUUACCGAACAAAUUUUGGAAGCCAACCCCUUGCUGGAAUCUUUCGGAAACGCCAAGACUGUCCGGAACGACAACUCCAGCAGGUUUGGAAAGUACAUGGAAGUACAUUUUAAAGAUGGUGUCAUAACUGGAGCCAGGACGACAGAAUAUCUUUUAGAAAAAUCAAGAAUUGUCACACAAGCUAGUGAUGAACGAAACUAUCACGUCUUCUACGAAAUGCUGGGUGGCUUAAGUGACCAAGAGAAGGAAAAGUAUGGCUUGCAAACUGCUGACAACUAUUUUUACCUCAAUCAAGGUUCAUGUUUCAAGAUCAAGUCCAAAGACGAUGCUGAAGAUUUCCGUGCACUUCUGGCUGCCAUGCAGGUCUUAAGCUUUACAUCUGAAGAGCAGGACACAAUCUUUCGGAUACUUGCUUCUGUUCUUCAUUUGGGAAACAUCUACUUCCAUCGAAAGCAGCUCAAACAUGGCCAAGAAGGAGUUGAAAUCGGUAGUGAUGCCGAAAUUCGUUGGGCUUCUCAUCUCCUACAGCUUUCACUGGAUGGCAUUCUUCGUGCCAUGACGACCAAAACUACGGAAGCAAGAAACGAACGAGUUGUCACGCCACUCAAUAUCGAUCAAGCACUGGAUGCCAGGGAUGCUAUUGCCAAAGCAUUGUACUCCAGUCUCUUUUCCUGGCUUGUCCAACGUGUGAACAAUAUUGUUUUCAAAGGUCCUAGAAAAACAUCAAUAGCCAUCUUGGACAUCUUCGGUUUUGAGGAUUUUAAAGAGAAUAGUUUUGAACAAUUAUGCAUCAACUAUGCCAAUGAAACCCUCCAGUAUUACUUCAACAAGCACGUCUUCAAACUGGAACAGCAAGAAUAUGCAAAAGAACGCAUCGAAUGGCAGCCCAUCAAUUACCAAGACAACCAACCAGUGCUGAAUCUAAUUGCCAAAAAACCUGUUGGAAUCCUUCCUCUGUUGGACGAUGAAAGUAAUUUCCCAAAGGCCACUGACUUGUCCUUCUUAGAAAAAUGUCAUUACAAUCAUGCGUUGAAUGAGCUGUACAGUCGGCCUCGUAUGUCUUCAAUGGAGUUUGGAGUGAAGCACUAUGCUGGUCAAGUCUGGUACUCUGUGGAUGGAUUCCUUGACAAAAACAGAGAUACUCUUCGUGGAGUGGUGGUUGAUUUACUCAUAAGCAGUAAGCUACCGAUGAUAUCCAAGAUGUUCCAGGAGCUACGUGACACAGCCGAAGCUGCAAAGACCAUCAGCAAAAGCAACGGACGUUUCGUGACCAUGAAACCGCGCACACCGACCGUCGGAGCAAGGUUCCAUGAUUCACUACAGUCCCUUGUCGAUACUAUGGCAAAAUGCCAUCCGUGGUUCGUCCGCUGCAUCAAGCCGAACAAUGAAAAAGCUCCCAUGAAAUUUGAUAUGCUCAUUGUGCUGGAGCAAUUGAGAUACUCCGGAAUGUUAGAAACUAUCAGCAUUCGAAAGACUGGAUAUCCCAUUCGAAUGAAAUUUCAGCAAUUCGCUGAAAGAUACCGAUGUAUAGUACCAGGUCGAUUGCCAAGAGGAUCACCAUCUCGAGAUGUGUGUCGAGUCAUCCUCGAUAAAAUACCUGGUUCCAGGGACCAAUACCAGCUUGGAAGUUCGAAGGUAUUUUUGAGAGAAUCGCUGGAGCAAGCCCUGGAGAAAGAACGUGUGAACAUACUCAGAGGCUCUGUGGUCACAAUACAGAGAUAUGUCCGUGGUUAUCUUGCCCGUAAACGGUACAGUAGCAUGCGCCACAGUGCAGUUAAGAUUCAAACUGCAUACAGGGCCUGGACCGCCAGGCGAAGAUAUCGAAUUAUAAGGAAAGGCAUCGUUCGAACUCAAGCUAACUAUCGUAUGAAGCGACAGAAGCGAGAAUACGACAAAAUCAAAGCUAUUUUGGCGAGAAAGCGUGAGGCAGACAAGGUGGCUUUGGAACGUGCUAAAGAACGUGCCAAUAGGGAAGAACAAGAACGUACCUCAAGAGCAGUGGCAGGGGUCAACCAUCUUGAAAUUCCAGCUGAGCUGGCAUUUAUCUUCAGCAAGCUAGAUGAAUGGCAGUGCAUUCAUAAUGAAAGAAACAUUCAGAAAGUUGUUGGAGAAGUCGCCAAAAGUCUAAGCCCUGACUAUCGGUUGCCAUCAGAUAUUGAUCAGUACGCAUUCACCAAGUUCACCAAUGUCUAUUUCAAAGCUCAUAUUUGGGGGAUGAAAAGAGAGCCAAUUAAAACUCCAUUCCUCGCCAAGAACAACGAAACUGAUUACCAGAGUUCUUUAGCUGUAUUCAAAUUGAUUCUUCGUUUCAUGAACGACAAUAACCUCAGUGGAAAAAAGGAACGAAUCCUUGGAGAUUACAUAGUUCAAAAAGGUCUUCUGAAUGAAUCCAUGAGGGAUGAAAUCCUUUGCCAACUUUGCAACCAGACUUGGAAGAACGAUAACGAAGCCAACAAUGAGAGAGGUUGGAUGCUCAUGGCCAACUGCCUCAGUUGUUUUGCUCCAUCGAGACACCUCUAUAAAUAUUUGCUCAAAUAUGUGUCCGAUCAUGCCUACGAUGGGUAUAAGGCCCACUGCCAAAGGAAGUUGCUACAAGGAGAGAAACUUGAUCCGGAAUGUCGGAGAACCUACCCCCCAUGUUUGUUAGAAUGGAAAUCAAAUACUAGAAGAACAAAUAUGGCUUUGGAAGCAAAGUUCGCGGAUGGCUCCAGUAUGUACGCUCCCGCUGAAUCGCUUACGACUGGCGAAGAAUUUGCAGCCUCUUUGCUCAAAGCCAGGGGUAUCGAUGAAUGCAGUGGCUGGACAGUUGACUUGGAUGACGACGGAGAUUUGUAUGAACUGAAUGGCUAUGACUAUGUCUUAGACCUGAUUGCCGAAACAGAAGUACCACCAGCGUUCCCUGUUUGCAAAUCCUUUUUCCUCGUUUCAGCCAAUAAAAACAAGAAGAAUACUCAGGCAAGCUCUUGGGCUGCUUCGCCUCAUAACCCCGAACGGAUUAACACAUUCGAAAUGGAAAUCGACGAAUCUCCGCCGGCACCAAUUCGCUACAGGCAACCUGUCAAAUCCAAGUCCAUUGAUGAUAUCACAAGAGUGGAUCAGCAUUCAUCACAAUCGUACGAGAGGAAGAAAGAAAGGCUCCGAGCCAGCUCUCACGAACGCCUGUUGGAUGAUCCCGGUAAAAUAGAUCCCCCCUUAUCCAAGACCAGUGCUCUGAAUGACCGAUACUUUGAAAAUGGCAAAACCACGCGCUCUGAUCUUGUCAUUGAAGAAGCUGCCCACCAUUCUUCAGCUCGGCCGGAACCUUUAGGUGCAAUGUUAGGUCUGUCCAAGAGUAAACUCAAUGAUCGAUACAAUGAACGGGAAAUUCAAGGACUGUCUGAAACCAGCAAACUCAAUAAACGGUAUUUGGCAAAUAAGGCGAAAGACAGCUCAACUCAACCUCAUCAAGAUAUUUUGGAUGAUCUCCAAGCUACUGCUCAUGCAUCUUUGGCCAGUCAAGCUCAGUCUGCAGCUUGGCAAGACGAAUUGGGAUUGGCGUCAUCGGCGCUCAAUGAUCGAUACUUUUCUCGCCAAGAGUUGCUUAAAAACACCAAAACUGACGCCAGCGAUGCCGGAAGUCGCCGUGACGGUAGCAGCUUAGGUCCUGGCUCACUGAUUGACCAGUCGGGCAAAAUGAAUGGCCAUUCACCUGACAUUAAUGGAGGAAAUAUUCAUGCUGUUAGAGAUGCAAGUUCCUCUUCGCAGGCUUCUAUUGAUGCCAUCGAAUUCCAAGAAUUCGAUUUUCCAGAAAUGAAUGGCGAUGAAGAUGACGAUGACCGGGAUCCCGAUGAUUUCUUGGCGGACGGUGACGGUAGCAGCCGGACAGCAGAAUCGAGCAGAUACGUCAAAUACGGCGGCAAACAGGCAUGGGGCGGAGUCAAGGCCCACUCGCAUUCGACUAAAGCCCACAUUGAUCGCAACCGUGACGAUUACAGCAGCGUUGGAGGGCCCAAGAGUUCUGCCAUGUCGGACACAUCUGAGGCGCCGUCUUUGGCAUCCCAUGUCAAGAACGUCCGGAUUCCGUCCCAUACGUCAGAUCUGGAUCAGUACCUGGAUGAUUUGUUUAACCCUGUUUUGGAUGGGAAUCUGGAUGAGCUUAGCGAUGCCAGGUCCCUGGCAGCAUCCAUCAAAGGUGGCCGCAGUCCUGACAGUCAUUCAUUGUACAGGCAAAAUUCUGCCAACACACAUCCGUACACCAUAUUGGAGGAUAUACUUCCUGAGCCUGAAGGGCAAGAAUUCAGUGAUCUGAGUAAUCCUGAACGCCUGUCGCAGGUUCUGAAAGGAGGUGGAAAGGCAAUUGGUGGAGGAGGUGUGGAUACUCAGCAACGUUCUCAUUCUAAUGGCAUUCAUUCCCAGAGCUUAACUCCCAAUCUCUCUACGCCAUCUCCUGCACUUCCCGGAGGGGGCUCUGGGAACGCUGGUAAUUCAUCCGCAUCUUCUACUACUGGAGCCAACAAUCUGCCACUGUACAAUCUUUCAGGAAUGACCGUUCCGAUGGUGGAUGCUUCUCAACUAAUCCAGCAACAGCUACUUCAGCAACAAAUGAUACAGCUUCAGCAAAGAGCAUUUUUAGCUUCUGCAGUACAACAGAAUCUUCAAAUUCAGCAGCAUCUGAUGCAACAGAAUCAAGCUUUGCAACACCUGUUGCAAAAUAGUUCGAUGAGUCCUGCCUCUCCGGCACCAGUCGGACCCUCGCUUCUUGCCGAGGCACCAUCUCUUCAAUUCGGCGGUGCUAUGUCGCCACCUCUGGCACCCCUUCCACCCAUCAUCACUUCCAGCAGCCUCCCGACCUCCUUGCUUCAGACGACCCAAAGUCUGGGCGGCCAAGACUUCUCAAGCCUUUCCUUCCAGCAAGCAUCCAUUUUCUCCCCUCACAAGGAUGAUCCCGUGCUACCAUCGCUGACUUUGAAAGGAGGACCAAGGCCACCUUCUCCGAUUCAGAAGACCAUAUUUCCCAAGCCCAAUCUUCCUCAUGAGGUUUUUAGUGAUGUUUUAAGUGAACUGCGGAGCAAAGCCGGUGGCUACGAGGGAGCUCCACCACCAGCUCCACGCUCACAAAGGAUGGUUGGCGCUCCUCCACCACCUCCACCGCCUCCUCCUCCGCCGCCACCACCUCCUCCACCAAUGUCUCCGGACAGUCAGGCCCGCUACCAGGACGUCUACGGCCGAGCCAAGACGGUCCGCAUCGGCAAGUGGCGGUGGCCCCCUCCUCGAGAUGACGGUUCAGCACCACCUGUUAGCUUUUUGGAGUUCAAGCAUCAAGCAAAACAAAAGAAAGGUGAAAGGGGUCCUGAGGACGAUGGGAUGGAAAACGGAGGACUGUCUACAAGCUUGUUGGAUGUGUCGACCUCUGUCAAUCAGACAUCUCCAAACAGUCAACAACAGCAAUCAAUCCAGGAGAGGUUAAAGAAAAGCCGCAGCCUUGAAGAAUUAAAGGAAGAAGAUUCAGACAUCACUCGAGCUUUCGAAGGCAACGAUAAGCCAUUGCCCGGUAGUAUCGGCAAGUUGCGGAUCAAGUCAGAAUUGCGAGCUAAGCUUGAGCAACUUACCAUGGAUCACAGUGUCCGUUCCUCCAACAAGAAAGAGCCCAGGGCAAAGGUAUUCCCAAUCAUUGAUGAUUCUCAGCAAGACAAUCUUGGUGUGAAAAAACUCUGUGAAAGCCGGAAGACUCUUCUAGAACAAAAACUACGGGGUAGUGGGGACUAUAUGGAUGGUCCAUCUGCACCAAGAAGUAGAUCAGAACGUUAUCAAGAGCUGCCUUACGAUCCUGAAUUACCCCCAACAGCCGAUUACGGAAGGACUCGAAAUGGCAACGAGACACAACAAUUCGUUGUCGAGAAUCUCGUAAAAUCUCAGGUGCAAAGAAUGGAACGAGCCAGUCGGGAAAUUCGAGAGCUUCGAGAAGAACUCGGCCACCCCAUGAGUGCUGUUUUGCCUUCAAGGGCGAGUUCUCAACAAGAAUAUCUUUCUGGAGGACCUUCUUCCAAAUAUUUCCAUUCUUCUCUCAUGAAUGACCAUUCCAGUCAAAAUUCUAGUAGGAGCCUCAUGUACGAAGAGAGCUUGGCCAGUUCUUCUAGAGCUGGGUACCGUGACGAUCUAAGGAUGUACCAAAGUGGUAUUAGGGGCCAUCAUCCUCCGCCACCUGUUGGACCGGUUGGAAGUCGUCUGCAUCAUCAUCCUCCCUCGGUGACAGCAAGUUCGAGUUACUACGCACCUAGUACCAUAGUAGUACCAAAGCAUCGAGAGCCACCAGCCCCAAUUUCACCACAGAAAAUGCUGCUUGAUAGGCUGUCAGCAGACAAAAUUGAAUUUGAAGAAAGUUCAGAAUUUUUGAAGCCAAUUGACACAGCACCUCCAACAGUGAUGGACACUCCAGAGCAGAGGACUUUGGAGAGCAUCAAAACCAAACUUUUCCCUCCAAGCACCACCUCUUCAUUUUGUUAUACUAAAGUGUCAUGGCAGCUUAGGGUCAGAAAAGAGGUAUUUUCACCGUCAGAAAAGCUGGACAAUCCUGUAUCUCUGCAUUUAGUUUUCUGUCAAGUAGUGAAAGACGUAUCAUCUUCAGCCUGCAUAAGAAUGAAUAGGGAAGAAAAGAGGAAAUUACAGCAGCUAAUUGAUGGCUAUGGAAUCACUUCUUCCACUCUGCAUUCCAAUAACAUUAAAAUUACCAUGAAAAGAAAUGUUAUAGAUGUUGCCAAAGAUUUUCCGAAUUAUUUCAGCCGAUUGUUUCCUGUUUCUGGUGGGCGGAAUUUGCCGAACGUUCAGCUCCUAAGUGUAUCCCAUUCUGGUGUUCGGUUAGUCAGAAGAGAACGUGAUGCCAUUUGUGAUUACCUCAGAGUCUUAGAUACUCUAAGCUUUGAGGACAUUGCAGAAGUCAGUGUACCGAGAAAUAGUACGAUACAAAUCUUGUUACGAAAUGGUGGCUGGAUGACGUUGUAUUCUCAUAAAGCCGAGAAAAUUCGUAAUAUGGUGGAACGUUAUUGUGUUGAAGCUGCUCAAGGUGGCCAUGAAUACGUUCGAGCCGUUGCCGAUUACGUAACCAGGGAAGCGACCCUUCUUAGCUUCAGGGAAAAUGACAUCAUUCGAGUGGUCAAGAACAGAAAUCUACACCUCGACAAAGGCUGGUUGUAUGGUGUACUGGACAAUGGUGAGUCCGGUAUCUUCCCUUGUGAAUAUGUCGCACCUUUAGGAAAACAAGAAGCCAAGAGAAAUCAGAGGAGAGAGAUGGAGAACUUAGUUCAUUCUAAAAACCAGCACCAGAAACUUAGGCGGAACAAUCAAAUGGAUGACAUUAAUUCCUAUGGCACCAGUGAACUUCACAUGAAUGGAAGUCUGGAUAUGUCACGUGAUAACAGCACUCCCGUUUGGAUCGAAUCGAAAACGGAAAACUUCGACAGUGAAGGGAGGAGUGAGGUCAACCAUUCGCCACAGCCCGCCAACGACGCCAAAUCUUUGCUGCAGUUCGCCCUCUUCAACUUCAGGGAAAGCCUGGACAAGUAUGAAAUGCUACGCACCCGUGACGGUUCCAUUCGAGGUUCCAUCAAACUCAUCGAGAGCCUGAAGUCGAAGAAAAGCAAAAGCAAAAAGGGCAAAGACACCUCUGACUGGACGUGGAAGGAACUGGCGGACAUGGUCAAGUACACGAAGUCACCUUUGAUGGCAUCACUUUUGAAAUUUGAAGCAGCAGAAUUGAACAAACUAGCUUUGGAAUGCUUCAUAGCAAUAAUGAGGUACAUGGGUGACUAUCCAAUGACCAAAAACCAAAUAGAAGUAGAUUGUGUUUAUACUAUUCUAGUGACUUGCCAUAAAUAUCCUCAGCUGAGGGACGAAGUGUACUGUCAGUUGAUGAAACAGACAACAAAUAACAAAAGUCCUAAACCAGAUAGUUGCCAGCGAGGUUGGCGGUUAUUCUCCAUAGUAGCAUCUUAUUUCGAAUGUUCUGAUGCUCUCAAACCUUACCUGUUCAAGUACUUAGAAACAGCUGCUUAUGACAAAAGAAGAGCUUACCACGGAACUGCUAUGGUAUGUUUGCAAAACUUAAGGAAGACUUUCAAAUAUGGUGGAAGAAAAAAUGUUCCCAGUGUUGAAGAAAUUGCUGCAAUAUCGGCCGGACGUAACUCCAAAAGACAAAUUUACAGGUUGCCGGGAGGAACGGAAAGAGUUAUAAACACAAAAUCCACAACAGUUGUUCAAGAUAUCAUCGAAGAAAUUUGCACCAUUCUUAAUGUCCGAAAUCAACUAGAAAUGGAAGAAUUUUCUCUUUAUUGCAUAGUGGAAGGAGACCCGUAUACGAUGCCGCUCAACAGGGAGGAAUACAUUCUCGACGUCACAACAGAACUUCUGAAAAACGGACAAGUGUUCUAUUUGAUAUUUUGUCGUUCUGUCUGGUACUAUCCGCUUCGCCUUGACAACCAUUUGUACAUUGAAGUCAUUUUCAAUCAAGUUGCACCCGACUACUUGGAAGGUCUCUUACUAGUGAUGCCAGCCGAAAGAGUAAUGGAGCAAAAUAUUGCAGAUAUAUCAAAAGUUGCUGCACUUUUGCACAGAGCAGCUGAUAUGGAACAUACUCCAGCAAAGGAAGAAGUAAAAUAUUUAUUACCUAAACCCAUUUUGGGAGUCAGGGACAUAAGGCCUGCUCAAUGGGUUGAAUAUGUACAACAAAACUGGCCACAAAUGACAGCAUUAACCACAACAGAGGCUAAAGCUCAAUGUUUAGAUAUAUUACAAAAAUGGCCUUUGUUUGGUUCAUGCUUCUUUAUAGUGAAGUGGAUUCGAGGAGACGCACUUCCAGUUGAUCAUAUUUUAGCACUGAAUAAGGAAGGUGUUCAUUUCCUUGAAGUAGUCUCACAUGAAACUACAUGGAAGUAUCCAUUUUCUGAAGUGAUAUCCACACGCAAGGUCAGGGCGGAAGAUGGAACUUUAUUUUUAGACAUGAAAUGUGGAAAUUUGAUGGUUCAGAAAAUUACUCGCAUUCAAACUGAUCAGGCUCAUGAAGUUUCCAGGCUCAUACGUCAGUAUAUCAACAUUGAACAAAAGCAUCGCGGAGUGAGUAGCGGCGAUGCACCACACGAUCUUACACUGUCUCGACACAUAGAUAAAUAACAGCCCAGUAGAAAGAAUCAAUGACUUUUUGAGAUAAGUGAAUGUCAUCUCAAGUUUAGUGAAAAAGACUGCUUGAGCCACUGUUCGGACAAAAACUUUUGAACUUAUACAUAACAGUUAGAAUUUUGGCUUUUUGUCGCUAACAUGCAUUUUUAUGAAAAACAUCGAUCAUGAAUCAUAUUGAACAUGAAGUAACAUAUGCUGAAGAAGUCUUCGUUUUGGUGGACAAUUUGUUGCCUGCAUUUCCAAGAAGAAGGUUAUACUCUUCAAAAACUUUAUAAGUGUUUGUUUUGUUUGAAUACAAAUAUAUAUAUUUAUAUAUAUGCAGAUUUUAAAUUAAGUCACCAAGUCAAACUAUACUGAAAUGAAAAUUAUUUAAAGCAAACAAUAAUUUGGUUUUCUUGUGCCAAAACACACUGAAUGAAGAAAACCCAAGAAAUUGUUGCGAAUAUAUUUAUUUUUGGGAGCGAAAUACUGUAAUUAACUCUUUCUUUAUAAGAAAGUUGAUUUUUCUCAAUACUUUUUUAAUUUGUUGUAGUCGAAGCUGUUGUAAGUAAAUGUAUAUUUAUAAAUAACUUGUUUCUUUGCUACAUUUCCUCACAUUGACAAUUUUAAUCUUUUAUAUACAUACUUUUAUCAUGUAAUUACCUUUCUUGCAUGACCUUGUUUUGAAAAUAAAUGUUUAUUUCCUUAA